UUUUUAUAUGUCCAGAAUUAAUUUAAAAUUAUGCCCUUUCAUAAUAUGUAAAGCAUUCCGGCCUAGCUCCAUUUUUGCGAGGGGUCAUUUUCAAAAUCAUUUGCGUAACGUAAAUAUGGCGGACGUGACGUCAUCAGCCGCCUUCAUCCGGGGACCGAGACCCUGGACCUUCCCUCCUCCCAGUGCCCUUCCAUUAGUAUUUAGUGUUAUUUCCUAUAUUUUCCAGCUGUUUUCAUGCAUAGAGAAGAAUAGAAAGAGGAGGAAAGAAGGAGAAAUGAAGAAGGAGGAGGAAGAAGAGGGAAGGGAAGGAGGAAGAGGAGAAGGAAAAGAAGAAAUAUUAAGAAAAGAUUUUCACUGAAUUUCCAGCGUUUUAAAGAGGAGGAAGGGGAAGAAAGGAGGAUGAGGGUGAGGAAGACGAGGAAGAGGAAGAGGAUUAAAUUUCUUUCAUCUUUCUUAGACAGUCCUCAGGAUGUCAACAUUGUAUAAUGGUACAGUGUUGAGACAGGGACGGUCGCGUUAUAAUUCACUAAUUGAGGUUACUUUUGAUAAAUAAACAACUAGUACGGAGUCUUUUAAGUAUUUUACAUUAUCUUAUACCGGAAAAUAUUAAGGAAAAGUGGCGUAAAUAAGAAAAAAAAGGCAAAGAUUAGAGAUGUGGGAUUUUAUAACUUGUGGUAUCUUAAAAUACUAGUAUAAGAUAAACCCUAUGCAAAACGAAUAAUAUAACCUUUAUUAAUCAUCAUAACCUAGAAAACCGAUAAAUAUAUAUAUAAAAACCAGUGUAAUUAGUAAAAAACAAAAAAAAACUGUCCCUGGGAAGUGAGACGGCCCACAGAGUCGCGCCAAAAACGUGGAUCUACAGGCCAGGCAUCUUAUGUUUAACCAGGUGUACAAGGUGCUGGCUUUCAAGGGCUCCUCCACACCUACAGACACACGCACACACCACCAGAUACAGGAAGCCUUGGAUGUGCCCCUGUGCUCCCCCCCACGCCCCCCUCGCCGCCCUUGGCAGUGUGGGAACCUCGGUACACGCCAGAGUGCCAAAAUUAAUUGAUGAGCUACAGAACUACACCAUCGUUCAGGUGGCAGCCGGAGACCAGCACUCUCUUGCUCUCACCUCCUGGGGCCUGAUCUACGCACGGGGUGACAAUGGGUACGGUCAGCUUGGCGUCAACUCCUGCGACAGUCACACCGCCACACGCAAGCUUGCCAAGAGUCUGGCCAGGAAGGUGACAGUGCAGCUGGCCUGUGGCGCCAACCACACCCUUGCCUUGACUGCUGAUGGUGACAAAAUACCUUCGGCCAGUUGGCACUUAGACACCGACAGGGGCCCCAGAAGGAUCCUGCCCUGGUGACCUCCUUGGCUGGCACCCUCUUAGUCCUGCUGGCCGCUGCGGGUCACCACUCUGCUGCCGUGACCCAGGCCGGCUACCUGCUGUUGUGGGGGUCAAACAAGCAGGGUCAACUGGGCUAUACUCCCAAGGGUGAUCCUCUUGUUAGAUCUUCGCAGGGGGUGACGUCAGCUUGGCCACUGUCAGCAGGGAGAGUGGGGGUGCUGAGGACUUGCAGCCCUCCCCUACCCCGACCAAAUGCCCUCUCUCUCACAAUUCAAGAACAUAUGAUUAAGAAACUUCUGUCAAUUGAGGAAGAAGACAUGAUUGAUGACGAUUUGUUUACGUUCGUACUGGCAUUCAAAACGUGGCCAAGAGUCUUCCUUCGCAUCCCCCCAGCCAGGACACCUUACGCUGUUAUGUCCUUCCCCUGUACAAGGACUUCACUGACCCUAAACAAACGGCCAAACUCCAAACGCCGUAUGCUGAGGGAGUGUUGAAGCUUGGCAAGGAGAUGGCGGAGGUGUUCAAGAGACCGGCGUGCCCUUGUGGCUUCCCUGCGGCUGUUGUCCCUGGUCCACGGUCUGAACUUCCAAGCCGGCUGCCGAGUGGGGCGGUUGAACUACGACGACUUUUACAUCCCAGAAAUUGCAGAGAAAAUUGAUAUUAGGAAUGAUUACUUGAACGGGAUGAA